AUGGCCGUCGCUGUUCACGCUGCCGUCGACGGCGAAAUCGGACAGCAACUCCCUUUCAUCGUUCGUCGUCAGCACAAUCCCGAGGAGCUCGAAGAAACCUCGCCGCGCCCACAUGCGGAGCCAGAGUUUCCUCCCACGCCCGCUCGUGCGUCCGGCAUGAGGCGGGGCGACACGAUCUACACCGGGAGCCGACGCCGGUACGAUCUCAACACGCUGCUCGAAUCGCCGCACAGGUCCGACAACCUGGCGCAGAGCGUCGUCGUCCGGCACCGGCUGGAUCUCUACCGGGCGUACCGCAAGGCACUGGCCGAGUCGCUGGGCCUGUCCGAGGAUGGAUCGCUAUCGCCCCGCGUGACGCCUGCCGUGUACAACGGGUACAUGCGCGACGUCCCGGAGCGGCUGGCGAGGGCCGAGAGCCUGUCGGAGCUCAUGCAGCUCCCCUUUGACGACCCGCUCCUCAAGCACGUCGUCGAGAGCGUGCCGGACGCCCGGAGGAUCUGGGCCACCAAGGGCGUGCCUGUGCUCGCCGCAGCCAUCAACAGGGCGAGGGUGCAGCCCACCGUUUGGUAUCCCGAUCUGUCCGACGAGGGCACCGUUGCCGCCACGGGGGCUCAGACUACCGAUCGGAGCAUCCUUCGUCGUCAGCAGCGUAUCCUGGAGGAGAUGCUGGGCCAUCUGAGGCUCUGA